AGACAACAGGGGGAUCUACACGCAAACACCAGGUUCCCACAAACCCACUCGGUUUCUAAUUUUUAUAUAAACUUUUUUUGUUCUUUAAAAAAAAACCAAACCAGUUAGGGUUUAUACUUGAAGCAAAACAGCGUGAACAACGUUUAUAGCCUCCACCUUCACCCUCUCCAGCGACCACCUGGCACAACCCCUGCCCCACUCACCUCCAUCCUCUCCGGUGACCGUCCCCGCUCCGGCGCUCCACCUCCGGCCGUCCACGCGCUUCUCUGGCCAGCCUCAUUCUCUCACAUCUCAGCCGAGUCGGUUCAAGAAGCAGUGGAAGUCAUAUUACCGAGCUUCAUAUUGUACAAGUAGGAUCGAAGUGAAUGGCUAUGAAAGGUGGGAGGAAGAAUUUGAAGAGGGCGGUUAAUGACGAGACAUUAACUCUUCAACCGGGCCAAAGCAUUAUGCAAGUUGUUUCUCUGCGAGGCUCUAACCUUAUUGAGGUAAUCGAUGCUAAAGGAGAGAAAGCGUUGGCCAUUUUCCCAGCUAAAUUUCAGAAAAGCAUGUGGAUAAAACGAGGUAGUUUUGUUGUGGUUGACGAUAGUGGUAGAGAGGAGGCUGUCGAGUCUGGAAGAAAAGUGGCUUGUGUUGUUCUUCAAGUUCUUUUCCAUGAACAAGUCAGAGUGCUACAAAAGUCUCCAGAAUGGCCGGAAAUCUUUAAAUCAGUCGUGGUGGACAGCUCUAGUGGAAACUCUCGGAUAACAACACAAGAAAACGAGGAGUUGGAUUCUAGUGAUGAUGAUGGGUUGCCCCCACUAGAGGCUAACACAAACAGAAGAAUACCCGUCGAGUUGCAGUCAGCUACAGACUCGGAAGAUUCUGAUGUAGAAGACUCUUAAGCUUGUAGUUCUACAAAGUAUCAUGAUUCUUAUUGUUUUUGCAUGUUUUGACUGUUAUGUUAAGUAGAAAUACAAGUGUUUUAUUCUUUUUGCAGCACCCA